AUGGGUUCAACGAGCGAUCAUGCUUUCAACGUCUAUCGCGGCACAUUUAUUCAAUUGAGUCGCCUACCAGAGACGGGGUCCAAACCGGAACUGUGUCGAGAUCAAGGUGCAUUAUGGGUUUCAACAGCCGAUGGACGUAUCAAAGGUUGGGAUUGGCAAGCGCGCGAUGAUCAAAGCUUCGCCGAUUUAAUGACCCGCAGCGGAUGGGCCGACUUGGAUGCCGCUGAGCCCACGAGCGGUAACCCCAGGGCUUCCAGGAUAGGAGUGAGGGUGAUCACAGCAAACGAAGAAAAUAACGAAUUUUUCUUCCCAGGGUUCAUUGGUAGGUCCCUCGCAUUAACAAAACUACAAGCAGCCAAAACUCACCAGCGAUUAGACACCCACAUUCACGCCCCGCAAUACCCGAAUUCCGGGCUCUUCGGCUCCACGACUCUGCUAGAUUGGUUGGAAACGUAUACCUUCCCCGUAGAAUCCGGGUUCCGAGACCAACCCGAUCCAAAGCAAGGAUAUCAGAUCCAAUCCAAACCUCAAGACACCCCCGUUCCCGCACAACACAUCUAUAACCAAGUCAUCUCCCGCACUUUGUCCCACGGGACAACUUGUGCAUCUUACUUUGCAACAAUUCACAUCCCAGCAACAAACGCCCUCGCAGCACUCUGCCACGCGCGCGGUCAACGCGCUUUUAUAGGCAGAGUAUGCAUGGACGAGCCGAAGUUCUGUCCGAAGUACUAUUGUGACUUCUCCGCUGAUGACUCCGUAUCCGCAACCCGAGACACAAUCAACUUCAUACACGGACUCGAUCCAUCCGGCCGACUCGUUAAGCCCAUUGUGACUCCCCGGUUUGCGCCUACAUGCUCUGCACCCGCGCUUCAAGGCCUGGGCGAUUUGGCUGCGGAAUUCGAUCCGCCAUUGCACAUCCAGACCCACAUUGCGGAGAAUCUGAACGAGGUCGCGCUUGUUAAGGACUUGUUCCCCAAAGCGGACAGCUAUGCUGGUGUAUAUGAUAAGUUCAACCUGUUGACCCGUAAAACGAUUCUGGCGCACGCGGUUCAUCUAUCGGCCGAGGAGCGCAAGCUUGUUCGAGCGCGUGAUGCGAAGGUCUCACAUUGUCCGGCGUCAAACUCGGCACUUGGAUCUGGGAUUUGUCCAGUGAGAACUCUUCUCGAUGAAGGAAUUACCGUUGGAUUGGGCACCGACGUUAGUGGUGGGUAUAGUCCUAGUAUUCUUGAAGCGGCACGGCAGGCGUGUCUCGCCUCGAGGCUUUUGGGACACACGGCACAGUGGAAACACGAUCAUCCAAGCAUUGAUGAUGGACGGGAGAAGCUUUCUGUUGCGGAGAGUCUUUAUCUUGCGACUCGUGGAGGUGCCGCGGUUGUGGAUAUGGCGGAGGAUGUUGGUGGAUUUGAGAUGGGAAUGUUGUGGGAUGUGCAGUUGGUUCAGCUUGGUGGGGUCAAGAAGGCUGACAAGAGUCCCCUGGAAGAGCUCACUAAUGGGACGACCGAUCUUGUAGAAGCUGGUCCCAUUGGCAACGUUGAUAUAUUUGGAACGGAGACUUGGGAGGAGAAAAUCCAAAAGUGGGUCUGGAGCGGAGAUGAUCGGAAUGUCAAGGCUGUUUGGGUUGGAGGAAGGCUGGUUCAUACUAGAGCUUGA